UACUUUUUCCUCCAUUAUGUAAUCUCAGUUCAUUUUUUUUUUCAUCUAUGUUUUAAUCAUCCUCAUUUCCUUUUUGCUUUCGCGUUUCCCGCGCUUCUUAAAUUUGGACUCUGGAGUUAGAAGCCGUUAUUGUUUAUAAAUUAAUUCGAUCAAGCAGUGCCUAUUUUCCAUGUUCAUUUUCUUUUAGCCAAACUCUGGAUGUUCUCUCGUUUGUUUUUUCUCUCAUCAGAACCUAACAGAAACAUUAUCACAGUCUAUCCUCACUCUCAUUCAUGCAGUUGCGGAAAUAAAAAAUCCCCACCUUCUCUUAACCACUUCAGGGAUAGAUCAAAAACUUUAGCAACCUUAAGGAAUGACAGAAGAACACAAGGAAUCCUCACCUGCAGAUUCAAAGGAGAAAAAAUCAUCACGAGGUGAUGAAAUUGGAAAGAAUUUUCUUAGCUCCUGGAAGUCCAUGUCAAUGGCAGAUGAUGAUGGAAUUGACUUUGGCUUUGACACUGUUUCUAAAGGAAAGAAGAAGCCAUUUGAUUUUGAAAAAAUGGACCUUAAUUUUAAUCUGGAUGGUGAGUUUGACAAGAUAUCAUCAUUUAAGUUGGACAUGUCAGAUCUUGAUUUUACAUGCCCGCCAAAGAAGAAUACCCAGUCCAAGGAUAAGAAAGGAGAAAUUUCUGGUGCAAAAGGAGGAAAGCAAGAUGAGUUUAAUUUCAGCUUUGAUUUUAAUGAGUUGGAUAGCUUCAAUCUUGAUUCAAGCUUCGUGCAAGUAGAUACUACUUCAAACAGUAGUCCAAGAAAAAAGGUAGUAAGCAAAGAAGGAAGUGAUAAAGAGGAUGCUAAAAGGCCUAAAACCAAUAAUGAUGAAGGUGCUCAUGCAUCUGUUGAUAGCACGGCUGUGAAUUCCCAUGCAUCAGAGGAGCUUGAAACUUUUAAGGCUGAGACUAUGGUUGGUAGCCUAGGGAAUCUAGUAUUCAAACAGGAUGGUCCUGUUUCCAGAAUUUCUUCCUCUGGGAAUCUUGACAUGCAAGAAAUAGACUUACCUGAAAAGGCAAAUUUAACAGAAUCAAUAUCUGAGCAGGUUAACAAUGUGCCAUGUUCUCAAUCGGUAGGUCAGAGUGAUUCAGAACAGCACACUAUCUCAGACCAGCAUACAGAGGUUAUUUCAUCUGGAAUAAGAGUCAGUAAUGUAUCUGGAGAUAAACAAGAAACUAAUCUUAGGACAACAUAUCAAUGUACAGAAGUGUUUUCUUCCGGAACCAGAAAAAUUAAUGUUUCGGAUGACAGGCAAGAGAUUAAUGAUAAGGCAACAAAUAUGAAGCCUGAUACCGUUGACUUACAAUUGGAGCAUUCCUCCCCACAUCACAUCACUAAGUCAGAUAACAAUGUUGGAGAAGCAAUUGCUCUAGGUAGAAAUGCCCAAGGAGUCACUAAUGACCCUCAGCCAGAAAAUAGGUAUACAAGUUAUGAAAAUAUUACUAAAGCUGAUGCCUUGAAGAAGAUUUCAUGUGACAAUGACAACAAAGAAAACAAAGAAACAACUUCAGUGUGUGAUUUGGCUCUUGCAAGGAGUAAAUCUGUUGCCGAAAACAUGGUGUUGAUUAAAGAUAAUAAACUCCAUGAUAUGCAGUCAAGUGUGUUUAGCACACCAGAGGGCAACAGAUCUUUAAAACAACCGUCGUCAACAGUUGGGACCAAGGGUAUUUCCCUUGGCAACAAAAAAAAUGCUGACAUGGUCCUUGGAUCCAUCACUCAAAAACGGGAGAACUUGAGGUCAAAAGACACAAGAUUUGGAAGCAAAAUGACAGGUGAUUCCAUCACGGAUUCCAGCAAACUAAUGAGGGAUGCAGGAGCAUUGCUUGGUAGUAAAGAUGAUCUUAUAAGUAGUAGCAAUACCAGGGAGGGCAUUGUUUGUGAUGUUACACCAUGUUCAGGAACGUUGGCAGGAAAUAAACAAUCAUUUUGUGAAGAAGUAAAUAACAGCAAGAUCACAUGUCUAGAAAGGGCCGUGCCAAACAAAGAUGUUCAUAUGUUGAGUUCUCAAGUUAAUCUGUCCUGCUUAACAGAGAAGACAGCUAUAAUUACUAACCAGGCAGUAUCUGUAAAUUCUCAACCAGAAACUUCAGGCAAGGAGUCUUCUCACAAAUCAAGGAUAACUUCCGUUGAAGGAAAUAAACUUACUUCGAAAAAUUGCAAGGUCACUCCUGCUCUUUCAAGCUUAAAAACUUCAAGGAUUCUAACAACUUUAAACCAACAAGGAACAAACUCCAUAGUAAGCUCAGGCCAGAGCAUUCAGAUACAGGGUAUUACAGCACCGAAGAAUGACAAUCCUAUUUACAUCGGUAACAAUCAGAAGCCUUCAACCCCAUUCUUGAAGAGAAAAACUAUUGAGGUUUGA